ACGUCUCUACUGCACCCUAAAUUCAAAAGUGAUAGCUUGCUGACGUUAGCUGGUUGUUGUGCUAACUUGGUUUUUCAUAAACAUUGAGACGGAACUUCUAAUUUGGCACCUUCUUUAUUUUUUUAUUACUUUUUUUUGAAAUAUGGAGGCCAUGCAGGAAGAUUUAAAAAUGUACUUUUACGAGAACAGAAUAGCUACUUAUUCAGGGUGGCCGUUUGAUGAGGACUGCGCGUGCACUUCGGAAAAUAUGGCCAAAGCUGGUUUUAUCCACACACCCACUGAGAACAGUCCAGAUGUGGCCCAGUGCUUUUUCUGCUAUAAGGAGCUGGAGGGCUGGGAGCCUGAGGAUGAUCCUCUCAAGGAACACAAGUCUCACUCUCCUACAUGCAAUUUCAUCCUGCUGAAACGUACCGUGGAGGAGCUGACCGUAGAGGAGAUACUGAAGCUACAGAAAGAGAGGCAGAAGUUCUACAUUAAAAAGUCCUGCAAACAAGCCAUUGAGAAGUUUGAGGAAGCAGCAAAGUCGAAAAGAGGAGACAUCAUCAAACUAGCCAUGGAAGGCUAAAUCAAUUUUCUGUCUUUUCUAUUGAUCUAUUUUCCCUGACUAUUUUUCAUAUUGUACAACUGAGGUCUCAAGUAAAUCAGAAAUGUGUUUAGCACAUUUUAUUUCUCGCCCGUCAACCAUGACCUGACCGCACUUUCCAAAUACAAAUGUGCCCGAUAGUACGUUACACCCACAUUAACGCUGAGGUUUCCGUGCAAGCCUCCGGAAAUGGAAAUGCAAAGACUUGCGAUUUCAUUUGAAUUUUGGCAGGCUCCAUAGCUACACCGUGCAGGUAAAAUACCAUACUAGGUCACUGCUAUUGCUAUUUUGAUAUGAUAAGGUCAAUAGUUAGGUAAGACAUGGAAAAUGGAAUUAAAAUUUGUCCAACAUUGUAUGUUCAUGUAGCUGAAGAUGCAAAUGAUAAUACAGGAUUUUCAUUUGAAUUUUGACAAAGUUUAAGCACAGUCCACAAAUACAUAAUGCCAUUGAAAAAUCGUAUUUAUUCUGGGAAAUAUUUCCAGGUUUUCCCUCAUAAACUUGCUCUUUGGUUGUCAGUCACAGUCACAAUCUCUUUAAUGCAGUUUUAUAUCAACUCCCCAUGAUCAGAGGUGGAUUCAUGCUGUAACCUGGCUGAUCUCCAUCUCUGUGUGAUGUUGCAUGAAUAAAAUGGCUAGCUGCUGUAUUGGAGCUGAUCAACCCAUUGAAAUCCAUUAAGUUUUAAUGUGUUGUCUUUUAAUAGUCUAUGUAACUCCAUUUUCCAUGUUUUUCCAGGUCUGUAAUGAAUACAGCCAUUAUGCCAUUAUGACUUGUUCUAUUGUUUUGUUGGACAAAUUCCAAGCUUUUUUUGUGUGUCUUUUUGAAAAAAAAAAAAAAAUUUAUUGUCUUUCAAAACCUUCACAAUUGUCACUUGAUAGCACCUCAGUACAUUUGCACUACUUAUCUGUUCAUUUUCUGCAGUAUUGUUGGGCUGUUUUUAUGUGUGAUCGUCUCUUACUUUGUGCUUUGCGGCAGUAAAUAUGUGUUUUUGUUUGUUUUUUUUGUUCUUUUGUACUUUUCCUUGAAUUCUUGUCCAUCUACAGCCAGUGCUUAUGAAAUAAAGACUCAUCUUUGUG